AUGUUCGAGGUUACUGCAAAGUAUGUGCCGCCUAUUCGGCCAAUCGGGCGUGGAGCCUACGGAAUUGUGUGUUCGGCCAUCAACUCGGAGACUCAGGAGGAGGUGGCGAUCAAGAAGAUCGCCAAUGCCUUUGACAACCGGAUCGACGCCAAGAGAACGCUGAGGGAGAUCAAGCUGCUGCGACACAUGGACCACGAGAACGUGGUGGCUAUCAGGGACAUCAUCCCUCCUCCAGCGCGCGACACCUUUAAUGAUGUCUACAUUGUGUAUGAGCUCAUGGACACGGAUCUGCACCAGAUCAUUCGCUCUAACCAGCAACUGACUGAAGAUCACUGCCAGUACUUCCUCUACCAGCUCCUCCGGGGUCUCAAGUACGUGCACAGCGCCAAGGUGCUUCACCGCGACCUCAAGCCCUCCAACCUGCUGCUCAACGCCAAUUGCGACCUCAAGAUCUGUGACUUUGGGCUCGCCAGAUCGGCAGAGGAGAGUGACUACAUGACAGAGUAUGUGGUAACCAGAUGGUACCGUGCCCCAGAGCUGCUGCUCAACAGCAAGGCGUACACGGCAGCCAUCGACCUGUGGUCCGUGGGGUGCAUCUUCAUGGAGCUGCUGAAUCGCGAGCCGCUGUUCCCCGGCAAGGACUAUGUGGACCAGCUGCGCCUCAUCACCUCGAUCAUCGGGUCUCCGGACGAUUCAGACAUCUCGUUCCUCGAGAGUGAUAACGCGCGCCGCUACGUGCGCUCGCUGCCCUUUGUGCGCAAGCAGCCCCUCGCCGCGCGCUUCCCCAACAUGGCUCCCCUGGCGUUGGAUCUCAUGGAGCGGAUGCUGCUGUUUGAUCCUGCCAAGCGCAUCACAGGUGGGUCAGAGUGGGUGGCACAAGAAGGGUCUAUGUAUGGGACAGUCGUGGGAGUAUGA